AUGGAUACCGACCUUAAUGUUGGUCCGAUGGUAAAUAAUGAGCUCUGGAGGUAUCCGGAUUUGAGUGAAUUAAUUUUAGAUCUCAGUAAUUCCGAUGACGACAUUAAAUCGAACGCUGCUGCCUAUUUGCAACAUUUAUCUUUUAAGAAUGAUCAAGUGAAAUCUUCUGUCAGAGAGCUGCAUGGUGUAAAACCCCUGGUUGAGAUGCUGAGUAGUGCAAAUGUGGAUGUGGUCAGGAAUGCCUUGGGUGCUUUGAGGAACCUCUCCUGUGGGAAGGCUAAUGAUAAAAAUAAAAUUGAAAUACUUAAGCAGAAAGGUGUAGAUGCAAUAAUAAAUUUAUUGAAAACAACAAAUAAUUCAUCCAUCACUUCUCUAUCCUCUGGUCUCCUUUGGAAUCUUUCUUCCUGUCAGCACUUGAAAGAAGAAAUCCUACAGAAAAGUUUGCAUGUUCUCUUCAACUACAUCAUAAUGCCUCUGAUAUGCUGCAUAUCCAACCAGGCCACAAACCCGGUUCUGAAACUGCAGUUCACUAAUUUCAGACACGCCACUGGCAUUAUUAGAAAUGUAAGUUCGGUUAGUCGCAAAUCUCGACCCCACCUUAAUCAGCUGUUGACAGUCGUGAGUUCGAUAUUGAAAUUUGUCACAUGGUCCUCGAAGCACAAAGAGCUGACGGAUGGCAAAUCACUAGAGAACUGUUUAAUUAUUUUGAGGAAUUUAACUCUAAACAUGAACAAAGAUCGACAUUUCAUGCAGUGGUCAUCAUCGUUAUCAUCGACGCCAUCAUCAUCCUCAUCAUCAUCUUCUUACGGCCGAAGAAGUUUUUCUUUAGGUAGGAAACCCACAGAGCCGGUUUAUGUCGUUAAGAAAGAAACUUUGGAGAGUCCGACAAUUGUUUGUUUUAGAAGUGGAAUGUUUUCCAGGUUCGCCAGGAGAACAUUCAAGCAAUCCUCAACAGAGGAAUGCCUUUCCAACGUGAAUGAGAUGAAGCAAGAGUGCAACAAGACCGACAAUGUAUUCCUGCUAAUAACCAGCUCCGAACUCCUCCACAUCAUGCUUCAUCUUCUCUGCUUGUACAAUCCCGACCUCAACUGCAUCAACAGUCAUUUCAAUGAUGAUAACAAUAACGACAAUAAUAAUAAUAACUACAAGAAUAAGAACGUUGAGGGAGAUGUCUGCAUCAACAUUUGUGAGGCUGUCCUUGAAAUUAUUUUAAAUAUGCUGGAUAAUUCGGAGUUUUCAUUGGAAUCAAAGCAUUUGGUUGGAAAAGACAGCAACCUGCAACUUUUCAUCAAAAAUCUCACCUCAUUUUCUGACAGAAUCGUAUUGCCUACAGCCAGCUUGUUGAAACAGCUGCCAUUCGAUCAAGCAUCUCAAAACGAUUUUGGAAAGCUCUUAAUUGAUCAUUUGUUGAGCAAACCGCCGAAUGUGAGUCCCACCUCACCUGCCAUACCUCACCUGUAUGAUCCAUACACACCUGAACUGGCGUCAGUGCUUGAAUCAACCGUGGUACAUUGCCUGGGUCCCACUGCACAGCUCACCAGAAGUGUAAUAUCUGGUGGUUGGUUGAAUAGCCUGCAGAUGGUUGCCAUGUCUCCACAACUAUUUGGUUUUGGAAAAAGCACUUUGGCAUCAAUUCUUUUGAAAAAGUUUUGGUCAUUGCUGGAUCUUCAUUCUGAAUUCAAAAAGUAUGGGUAUAGGAAAUGUGAUUUUUUCAUUCAGCCAAAAAUCUGUUACACAACUGCUCCAAUGAGUUAUUCUGAUUGUUCGCUGAAGAUGAAAAGAGUCAGAUUUUCUGAUCAUUCAAACUGUCAUUCUCUUCAACAAGAUGAAGAGAAAAAAACUAGGUUAUCGUGUCAGACCAAUUCAACUUUCAAAGAGGAUCGUCAUCAGGCCUGUUUAUAUAAACACGCCCCUCCCCAAAGUCACUCGCACCACCACCAGCAGUCAACAAAACCAAACGAUGUCAGCAUAACAACAUCCUCUCAUCAUUAUCCUGUCAUGGCCUCAAAAAUAACACCAUCGUCAUUUUUAUCGACAGUGCCCCAUCAUUCCUCAUCGCCGUCAUCGUUGUCUUCGUCGUUGUCGUCAUCUAUGCUGGCACUGUCAUUAGCAUCAUCCUCAUCUCUGUCAUUUCUUCCUAAAACGAAUAAUAAUAAUUUGUCAUCGUUGUCGUCAUCUGUAGCGAUUACGAAAUCACUUUGUCCCGAGAGGAAUGUUUCAAAUAAGAACAUUACAUGCGAUAACAAAUCUCAAUCAUCGUCGGCAACACGAUUACCUCCAACAGCUUCUACUGCAACAAAUGAACGUGACAAAAGUUUACCAUUUGAUUUAAACAAUGGCUUAGGCAUUUUCCCACCAUCUAAGCAAACAUUCAAUGAUUCAUGUUUACUGCCUGAUUUUGAAAAUUUUUCAGCAUCAUUAUCCAGGUCACUUGCAGCACCACCAUCGUCAUCAUCAUCAUCUUCUUAUUCCACAGUGGCGGUAGUGACGUCAUCGUUGCAGCCGGAUUUGUCUUCUCUGUCGUCUCAGUUUUUAUUAGAUGCCUCAUCUGAUAAAAUGAGAAAAGUAAAAAAUUUUCUUCCAUCUAAUUCCUGGGUCUGAGUCUGAAUUAAUAUGACGCAUUAAUUACUGAAAUAUAUUUACACUGAUCUUCCAGUUCAUAGUCAUUAAAAACAUUCCUUGCAUUAUAUUUUAUUUCGUCAACCUUGUACGUUAUUUUUGAAUGUUCGUGUGUAGUGAACUGUUUGCAGUAGAAUAAUAAUGAUAAUUAAUAUUUUGUGCUCAUGCUUAUUAUCACCUCCCACUCUUAAGUUUUUCGCAAAGUAUUAAAAUUUAAUUCAUUCAUGUAUACAUUCAUUCAUUCAUCCAAUCAGUCAUUUAUUUUUAUGUCAUUGAUUCAUUAUUGUAUAAUUGUUAUUCGGCCAAGUAUAGGCCUACUGAUUGAUUCAAACUUAUUGAUUGGCGGUUAUUUUGCUAAAUAAGUAGGGCAAAAUCGGUAGUUCGGACUUGACGCUGAUUUAUAAUUUUUCAUAUUUAGUUCAAAAACAGUUCAUAUCUUUUUUAGACAACUUUGACCGACACAGAGCAUCGUUUAUAUCGCCCCAUACUCACAACUGCUCCACAAGGUAUGUAACACGCUUAGGUACCUACACAUCAAGAACCGCAUCAAUCAUUGCAGGCCAACUCGACUGACCGGAUUUUAUAAAUUUUCGGAUUUUUGUGACAGAAUGAAAUUUUUGUUUGAGCAGUUUUAUUAGUUGUUCCAUUUAUGACUCUUGGUGUUAUUUUUCCAGAUGAUCAAGUAGUCGCCCUAGGAAGUUAUUUAAGCGUUCAAAUAGUCAUUUUUGUUUCUUUUCAUUUUUAUAUAUUCGAUUUUUGGUUAUUGUUACAGUCUUUUAAAAUUGUUACAUUUAUCAUUUUCUAACAUGAUUGUUUUGCUCUUUCGCUCUAUUUUAUUUUAUUGUUCUCUAUUUUUUGUGUAAUUAAGAAGUACGAUAAUAUCGUGCUUCAUAACUUUUUUGAAAAUUUGAAUUUCUACAUUUUAUUUUAUAUUUCGUUUGUUUCAUCUUGUUUGUUUCAGUAGUUCCAAGAUAAAGUAACAUUUUUUUGGUCUAAUUUGUUCGCCUAAUCAAUCGACAUAUGAUUUUAUAAGUUGUACAAACUUAAACAGGUUGAAACAUUGAGACACAUUCAAAUUCAAAAAAGUUUUAUUCGCAAAAAAAAAUUUAUAUAAAACUAAACUCUUUUAAGGUAAUGCUCUCUUGUUGAUGUCAUUUCAUCUUGUCAUUUGUUAUGAAUUAUUCGAC